AGAUUGACCGCCUCUACAACAGCUGUUGGAGCGAAGCUUCGCAUUUAGCCAGAUUUUAUCAAUAUUUUUACCUGUAUAGAGUCACAUUUUUAAUAUUCCCGCCAGCCUAUGGCUCUAAACACAGUUUCGGAUUCGGUUGUUAGUUUUUAAAGGGAAUGAAAAGGCUGAGGAGGAAGAGACAAAAAGCAGGAGUUGUGGUGAAUGGAUCUUUCUCCAGAGGUAAGUUCAGAGAGCUAACCAGGUGGUGUGUCACAAUCAUACACAGAGAACUUAUCAAGAGGGAUCACAGAGUACUCAUCGUACAAACAAACUGAGUCUGAACGCAGAGGGUAAAAAACAUUAAAAGGUAACAGGUAGAUACUUGUCCUGCUCAAUGUAAGCUGUAUGGUGAAUACCAGUGAACUUAAUACUAUUACUGCAGCCAGCUGACACAAACCAAAGCAGGAAAAAUGAAUCACGAGUUACCCGCAGUGUUUCCUCGCCCAUUUCAACCUUCAGUUAUCUCAUUUUUUCAGCCUCAAUUUUUCCAAAGAAACUGAAACGUCUCUUCUGCCUGUAGUGCUAACGUGGCAGCCAGUCAGCCAAGUUGGACAGCCUGGAAAGUUGAGGCUGUAUACUUUAAAUGAUCUGUAACAAUAACAAACCAUAUCAAACAAGAAAAACUGCUUUUAGGUGUGACAUCCCUUACAAUCCUUGACUUCAGUUUAACGCCUUUUUGCCAUUUAAACACAGCCAGUCAAAUUAAAACUUAAAUCACUUUAUUGUAAUUAUGUUUCAGUAAGUUUUACUGUCUGUAAACAAACAAGAUCAGUCUGUUUAUUGUGAUGAUAUUGUUACCACAGGUUAGUAAAUUCAUGUUAGGGGAAUUAAGAUAAUGAUACAGUUUGGGGUAAUUAAAGACAGUCCUCUGAUCUUGUCUGUUGACGUAAUACUGUAUAUCAUGAAAUGUUUAAUGAUAACAUGUGCAUAUGGUUUGGCUCUUAUUCAUAUGUGUUUCUAGCAUCUGAUUUCCAGUUUCUAUUUAUAACUCUUACGUGAUCCCUCUCUUCCUCCAAUGUCUACCUUUACUAUCUCUUUGCACACCCCCUGUAACUCUGUCUCCGACCUUUUUUUCUUUUUCUUCAAAAAUUCUUGUGCAUGUGUUGUUUAACUUUCUCUUUCUCUGUUUACUUUAUUGCUCCUCUGUCUUUCCUUCACUUCUUGAAUAUGUCUCUUUUCCUCAGCCAAUCUUACCCUCCUUGCACACUGUAUAUUUUGCUCUUCCUCAUCCUCUGUGUCCCUUUUUUUCUGCAGAACCAGAUUGUGGAAAGAAACACAAGUUGGCUGAGAUCAAUCAGGCUUUAAUCAGGUGAGGAAAACAGUUGACAGGAGAAAAAACUCCCUCUUCUGAUUCGAAUAGUAUCCAGAGGAGAUAUUGUUUUCUGAUGAUGGAUAACAAAGAAACAUUGAAGGUUACAGCAGACACCCACUCACAACUUCCCCCAAAUUUUGCCUAAUAAAUCUAUUUCUAAAAUCUAAGAAGUCUCAACUCCCACUAGAGCAGGAUUUGUUUUCCAAAGUGGGAAUACCUCACUUUCUGCUGACCCCUGUUACACAUAGGUUGGUCUUUUUUAUCCACAGACAGGUCCACAGCACUUCAUCCUUCUGCACUGAGCUAAUUUCACACAUGAUGAUUUCUCACAUGUUCCCAGAGGGAUAGUGUGAUGAGGAUCAUGAAGACUGUACUGAAAGAAGGCAGUGUAUAAGGUUGAUUAAAUGGUAGAGGAAAGCUCACACUGAAUUUAUAAUUUGAAGCAAAACAGGAGAACAAAACAAAUGUCCAGUUCUGCCGUAGGACCUUAUUUGUCCCCCAACAACUGAUUUUAUUUAAAUUAAGUUUUACUCGUUUUGGUUAGAAAAUAGUUUUGUUUGUGCUGUGUGAGCAGACUGAGAAUUCCCACAUUCUGUCUGUUGAACAAACAGUGAUCCGGUGGACAUUGAGACCCUGAGGAGAGCAGCAGCCAGUAAAGGAGGUCUGCUCACUGAUGAGCUCAGGCGGAAAGUCUGGCCCAAACUGCUGAAUAUCAACGUGUAUGAUCUACCGCACAAGCCCGGUGAGCAGUGAUUGAGUGUGAUAUUUACUGGCUGUGCUUUAUAAUAUUGCAUUACUAAUGAUAACUCGUAAAUAAAUCCUUCUGCUGUAGGUCGGGAUGUGAGGGACAGCCACAAGGACUACAACCAGGUAGUCCUGGAUGUCAAGAGGUCCAUGAAGCGGUUCCCCAAAGGUCUGUGUGUUUUUGUUUUAUCUCCUGAGAACAGCUGCAUAGCUCAGCGUUUGUUUUAUCAGUCUCUAACUUGUACUUACAGCAACUUGCAGAUAUGUGACAAGGUUUAAUGAUUAAUGAAAUGAGUAAAACCUGCACCAGAGUUAAUUGUUAUGUCACAGGAGGCCAGUGUUGUCAGCCAAAAUUAAACUCUGGGACAGAAAUGGAGGAAACUUGACCAUUUCACUGAGGAGGAAUAGCUUUAUGCCCACUCACAUGUUGUGUUCUUUAUACACUUUGCUGCUAAUAAUGAAGCAAAAAGGGGAAAUACAAAAAUUGUAGAAAAAACUGCAGCGUUAUUUGUCUGUUUUUCCUCGCUGGACCAGACAUGCAGGAUUUGGUGUUUUUUUUUCUUGCAAGAAAGUCAGAGUGAAAACUGUGAAAAGUGCUAGUGAUUAAAAGAUUGAUUUGAAGAAUAGAAUAACCAAAAGAGAGGGAAAAUUCAUUUGUUAUUGAAUGUGCUGAUUCGUGGAUUCUCCUCAGGUAUGCCGGCCAGAGAGAGAGCAGCACUGCAGGAGCAGCUGAUAGACAUCAUACUGGAGGUUUUGAAACAAAACCCUCAGCUCCAUUACUACCAAGGCUACCAUGAUGUGGCGGUCUCUCUGCUGCUGGUGGUCGGGGAGAGGAUGGCUAUCGCCCUGCUGGAAACACUGUCCAACUUCCACCUCAGGUUCUUAUUCUUUUACUUAUUCUUUUAUCCAAACAUCUUAACUCAGAACCUUUAUUUUAGGUCCAAUGGGUCUAAAACAAAUCUCUAUAACUCCUGCUCAAUAAUUUUAAGAUCAUUCAGAGGUGAUAAAGAUUGAACAUUUGUCUGUCUUCUCUGUAGGGAUUUCAUGGAUCCAACCAUGGACAGCACGAAACAUAUAUUAAACUAUCUGAUGCCGAUAUUGGAACAGGUUGAUAGAGAGCUCCAUGACUUCAUGGUCAGGUAAACCUUCUCACUUUUAGUACCUUUCUUUAUAUACCAUCAAAUGUCAGUGACUUUGGACAUCAUGUGAUGUGAUGCAAGUCCACUAGAGGGCAUCCAAGUGUCAAUCUUUACACGUGAGCCUCUCAGGAAGGCUUAGAGAGUUCUUGUUUUUGAGUUCAAACUCAGUAAAAAAAAAAAAUGAAAGAAAACAUCAGUAAUGCUCUCAUUGGGGAGUUUUAGUAUCAGAUGGUCCAACAGCUGUUUCAGAGACUUUUCCGUCCCUCUGAGGUGUUCAAAACAUUUACCUUUAUUUGUGGGGUUUAAUUAACCAGAAAAUGACUCAUGAUCCUUUUGCAGCUUACUGAAACAAGUGCAGGCGGCAUUUAAGGGAUGCAAAGAUAAGGGAGUUUGAUGGUAGAAUGGAAGAAAUUUUAGCAGGUUAUUAUUGCUACCUUUUGAAACAGAAGCAACACUCGAAUUAAUAAGAUGAUUUUUGACAUUUAAGAGAAAGUAUUUUCUCACAUUUUUCAGAUGAAGAUAACCUUUACCAAAACCCCCAGGGGAAGAUUUAGUAAUGUGGGUAAAACUCAGGUGUUACUGUCUUUCGCUGUUAUCUUGAUUCUUAAUAAUUAUCUAUUUGAAAACAAUCUGAUCUUACAAGUGGCCUUAGAAAAUGCUGUUUCUGAAAAAGAAAUUGGAAUCAUGUCUCACAAAUUGUAAAUAAUAACUGAAUUUCAAUUAAUUAAAUCCCAUGAUAAAGUUACUGAUGUUAUCUCAGUGCUUUAUAGUAGGUUAUUAAACCCACAAUGAGUCCAUUUUCUUCACACAGACGAGAGAAAGCAACAUUAAGUGGUUACUGAUUAAAGCCCUUGAGAGGACCAUUUUCUCUCCCUGAGAUUUCUCGCUGCUGUGCUGCUUCGUUUACUUUGCACUGAAAGCUCAACUUUCCCUUCUACACUAUUGAUUGUAACACUUACAUGCAAUUCUUCUCUCCUGACUCUAUGUUUCGCUAAAUAACUUGCCACUACUGUAAUACCGCUCGGUUGAUACGUAUAACCUUUACUUGGGUGUGUAGUUCUGGGCGACGAUACCUCAGAUGCAUCAAGUUUGAUGUGUUUGACCCUUUAGCGGUGACCUUUUUUCUGGUGGACAGGUGAUUCGUCAUCUUGAACGAGUCCUCGGUUAUUCUUGGGGUACUCCAAACGCUCCCACUCUGUGUACUUCACAUGUUUCUGCAGCGGAUGCUAAAUUUGCUGCCUGGUCUGUUUGCUGUAGUUCAGCUAAUGUAGCCUUGUCUCUGUGCCUCCUGAUAUGCACAUUGAGCUGGUGUCACUUUGCUUUGGUUCUAUGCAGGUUACGUCCUACAUCAUUUAUCAGCUUCUUCUUGAGAGAGACAAUAGAAGUACUCGAAGCAGAGGAGCCCUUAUGAUUACAUGAUUGUGACAGGGUUUGUAGUGACACUGGCUGGUGGCUGCAUCCCUAUCAGCGACAGAAAUGUCAUUUUAGGAGGUGAAAACUCCAAAUUGAUGUUUGCUCGUUAGUAAUCUGCAUCUACAGAAGCUUGAAUGUCUUGUUGAUUGUUUGUAAUUAAUGUUGCGCUGGAAACCUGCACAUCUGCAAAUAACACAGCCACACAAAUAACUACAGGAAAUGAGAAUCCAGACAUUGCACUUGCUGAGAGACAUGAGGAUAAACAACAACCCACUUCAAAGUUUGCAGCGCUCUUUUUUUGAGCCUUCCCGCCUCCCCUAACCUCCUACCUCUUCUUUACCUCUCUUCUUAUUUCCCUUUCCUCUUCCUCCUUCCCCCACAUGUCUUUUAUUCCUUUAUGCUCUUUCUCUCCCUCUCUCAUAUCAUCUUCAUGUCCCUCUCAUCAUACAUGUUCCCUGCCCUUUGCUCCCUGUUUUUACCCUUCCCCCCGCCCAUCAAUCCACAGCUUCUUUUCACUUGUCUCUCUCUCUCUCUCUCUUUCUCUCUCUUUCCUUCUCUCAUACUUACCCUUCCUCCCCUCUGAAUGUUCCUAUCCAAUAUUUAUCAGCAACUGCUAAGAGUAUCCAAUUUUCUGGAGACUCGGUCAAAAAUAACUGCCUGUUUCUGUCAGCACACAUCAAAGACAGACGGGGAAAGAGUCGGGGAGUUUGGAACAAUGUGUGAAUGUCAAAAGAAUUGUUUCCUCUAGAUCAAUCAAGCCGAAUCUUAAAUCAUCCAUGUGGUUUUGGGUAAAUCUACUGCCCUAAUAUUUAAUGAACCUUUUGAUAAAGUCAAACUACAUUAAGGCGGAUUUCAAACCAGGGACAGUGCUACCCAGUUUAUCCAAAGUGGUAUAGUUGGAAGAAAAUAACCUUAGUUAUGUCAUUAUGGAUAUUUCUUGUCAAGCUGCUUUUUAAGGGAAAUCCUGUUAACAAACUUGUAUGGGCACGUCUGACAGUUUGAACUGAAGUGAUUUAAGAAGAAUUGGGCUUUUCAAAGCUUUAACCACAAGAUAAAGGAAAAAACAGGAUAUCUUAAAGUUUGCUUUGCUUCAAUUUUUCUUCCGUAUCAUGUGCGAAGGAUCAACACAUCAUUACUCGCUCUGCGACCAGAACUCUGUAUGAGCUGUUGUUGUUGCUGUUGAUUUUAAUGUUGCUGCUGUCCCCUGCCUCUCUUUCUCUCUCACCCUCGCUCUCUUUUCCCUCUCCUUCUUUCUCCCUUGUUCUCUUUCUCCCCCCUCUGUCCUUCCUCCUACUCCUCCCUUUCCUUCCCUAUCUCUCUGUAUUUCCCCCCAAGUCAGCAGCGACGAGGUAGCUGUCUAACACAAGUCUAGGUCCUUCCCAAGGUUUCUGCCUGUUAAAAGGAAGUUUUUCCUUGCCACUGUCUCUCAUGUUAGAUGAGAUGGGUCAAAUCUGUCCCAUCUUAAGGUUGAAUCUUAGUAAUUCAUCAAACAAUGAGUAUGGUCUAAACCUACUAUUUUUUUGAAAAGUGUCUUGGGACUGUAAGAUUUGGCGCUAUAUAGGUAAAUUUGAUUGAUUGAUCGAACACAGUGUUUUUACUCUUAAGCAAUGUAACAAUGACACUGAACUCACGUUAGCAGAUAAUGCAGGAUGCUAGGCUUUCAGUUUUCAUAUUGUCAGUAAUCCAUUUUCAGUCCAAGCAUUAGAGACCAAACAGGUCAUAUAACUGUUAUUAGUGAUGCUUUUAUUUUGAAAGGACUUUAAAAAGUACUUUUGCUCCAGCAUAUGUUACCACAAACCUGUAUAUAUUAUUCAGUAUUAAUGGGUUGCACAUUGUAUCUAGAAUUUUCUGAUUCCGCACAGUACUGUAUAAAGUUGCGUUCAGCUGUGAGUUCUCAUUUGGUUGGAUAAAAAUAAAAAACUCACUUUUAUUUUGCAUUAGGUUGAGUUGUGAUGUUUUUUUUUUAAUCUGCCUCUUUCCACACAGAGCUGAAGUCGGAACCAUCUUCGCGCUGUCCUGGCUCAUCACCUGGUACGGCCACGUGCUGUCCGAGUUCAAACACACUCUGAGGCUGUACGACUUCUUCCUGGCCUCACACCCACUGAUGCCCAUCUACCUCGCCGCUACGGUAAGAGGACAGCUCAGAAGCAAAGAAACCAGGAAAUGAACAGCAGACGGUGACUUUUGUUCUGACGUCCACAAUGAUAUUCAGCUGCAGCACACACAGAGACUCACACACACACACACACACUCACACAAUGAGGCAGGGAACUGUGAAGUGGCUGGACUAGUUAAUUAGAUACCUCCUAAUGAACAGAUGAGAGAGAGAAAGAGGAGGUGAUAAAAAAGAGGAGGAAAGGAUCCAGCAACAGGAUGACAGGGCUGCUUUCUGAUCAUUCUUGUUGAUCUUUCUUUGUGUUUUUUCUCCACUUGUUCCCGUCUUAAUCUCAGGCCUCCAGGUGCUCACACAGUUAAAAUGUUUACAGCUGGAUCAUGUAUGUGCGUCUGUGGAAAUCAUUUAUCUUGUGUGUCGAGGAGGCUUCCUUAGACUGAUGUGUUUGAUGCAUAUGAAUGAGUGUGUACAUUGGGCUUGUUUUGAUUAGAGGAUGUGUGUGUUUGUGUGUUAGUGAAGGGGCUGGGCAGAGGGAGAGCUCUGUUUGAAGUGUGUGAAACAACAAAGCAGAAUGUAGUUCAUGUUUCCUCCAAGGCUGAGUGCAGCUCACAGCAGGGGGAGGUUUAACUCCUCAUCUGCCUGCUCACUCUCACUCUCCCUCUCCGGCACCAGUGGAGCUGCUCAGUGUACAGUUUGUUGAAUUAAACUCGAGUGUCCUCCUCCUCAGAUUGUGUUGCACAGAGAGAAGGAGGUGAAGCAGACAGAGUGUGACAUGGCCAUGGUCCAUCACCUCCUCUCCCGCAUCCCUCAGGAUCUCCCGUACGAACUUCUGAUUGGCCAGGCCCAGGAUCUGUUCGAGCAGUAUCCUCCGCCUCUGCUGGCCAAGAAGGCAGCUCUGCAGUCUCGCAAGAGGUGAGGGGACAAUGACUGAAACAGGAGAAGUUUAGAUAUGAAGAUGUUGAAGCUGUCAAAUAAAAACACAAAGACGGUUUUUGAUAAUCAGACAGAGGCUUAAAUGGAAAUGGAAAUGUUCUUUUAUUUAUACAGCUCUUCACAACAACCCUUUCGGUGAACCAAAGUGCUUUACAAUACAUAGUAAAUAAAAAAGAAUAAAUAAAAACAAUAAAAAACAUGAAAAUGUCAAACAUAAAUAAAAUAAAAUACAAUGCAAUAAAAUAAAGUGUCACCACGCUACUGGGAAAUUUAAAGCCAGCAUAAAUAAAUACGUUUUCAAUCGAGAUUUAAAGAGGCCCAGGUCAGAAAUAAUUUCGUUUCGUUGGGGAGCUUAUUCCAGAGCCUGGGACCAGCAACUGAAAAGGCUCGGUCACCACAGGGUUUGUGUUUUGACCUGGGCACUUCCAGCAGAAGUUGGACCACAGAGCUCUACCCGGUUCCCGAACGGUUAAAAGAUCAGUUGGGGGCGAGGCUGUUAAGAGAAGGUUGAAGGCAAAUUAAAAAUCAAUGUUGGCAUAAAUUGUGUCUUCAUAAACCAAAGUUAUAAUCAUCAUUAUGAUCAAAAUUAUGAAUGCUUCAAUCUGCUAAGAGUUAUUUCUUUUCCAAUCAAAGCUCUAGAGAUAGAUAGUGUGACACCUGCUAUAAAAUUUAUAAUCUUUUUUAACAUUAUGUUUAUUUUUUAUACUGUUUUUGUCAUAUAAAGAGCGCGCUUUCACACCUAAAUGUUGCUCUGACUCUACCCUUAAUAAGAAUUUGAAAAAACUUGAAUUAGCGUUGCUCAUGCACAGAUUUUGUUGAGCUUCUAGCAAAAGAUUUUUGAAGCUGCUGCAUGAGGACUUCAGAUGGUUUCAUGUAAUCCCAUCAGUCACCAACAGGGUGUGCUCAAAAAACGCAACCAGACACAGUGGACACAUGGAACAGUUAGUGUGUUUGUGUGUGUUUGUGAAACCAUGCAUGUAAGCAUUCGUCAGUAUUUUUUAUUAUGGAGAAAGACACAUGUGAUACACAGCUGCAGUUUUCAUCAGUGAUCCACUCUCAGCUCGUGUCCCUCAGUUUCACUCAGUCAUUGUUUAGGAGGAGAAGUGACAUGAUGGACAUGAGGCCUUGACUGACUGAUCUUGAAAGAUACUCCCAUAAUGCAUCACUCCCAUAGCUGUGAUACAAUAUAUACGAGAGCUACCGAGUUUUUUAAAUCUGUCAUUUUGACUCUAACUUUCAUCCUCAUUGUUUUUGUCCAUCACUUGUUUCUCUGGUCUCUCACUUUAUAUUAUCUCAGGCUGUCCAUGUUUCAUCUUUGACCCGUCUCUGUUCUCUAUCCUCGACUAACACACUCUCUCUCACACUCUGUUUUCUUCUCCUAGUUUGUCCAUCAGCACCUUCCAGGCAUUUCAGCUCUCCACCCUCCAUCAGAGGCCCGACUCUGUUCUCCAACGACUCACCAAGGCCCAGGGCUCCACCGCCUCCAGACACGGUAAAAAUAGUUACUGUAAUCUUAUUAGUGACCCUGAAGAGGGGCUCUGUGAAAACAGACCAUACAGACACACAUAAAUCUAAGAUCUCGUACUCAAACUCUCUGAAGUUGUAUUCAAAUUAACAGUGACUUUAAGAUGUCAAAACAAACAUCUCAGCCUGCCCAUCAUAUUCGUUUGAUGGAUAGUUAAAUCAGCUGUAAAUACGCCAUCCCCCACAAACUCAGCUCUCCUUUGGGCCAAUCAAUAACAAGUAAACAAUUGAUGCAGUUCCCCCUUCAGACCAAUCAAAUGCAUAGUUGAAUAUGCCAAAACAAAACAAAGACAAGCUUUAUUCCCGUAUGUUUUGUGAAAAUCUUAUAAGCAGAGUCCGACAUGUCGAACUUUGAUGUACUGACAAUCAAAAAAGGAAAAAAAAAUGCUGUAGUGUUCCCCUCUGGCCAAACAGUGUAUUAUUAAAACUGAUGCGCAUCAUUCCUGCAGUUUCAUCACGAUUCAUUUAGCAGCAUCCACACUGAUAUCAAAACAGACAGAGGGACUGCUGAUCGAGAGAACCUCCUGAUUUCAUCAUGGCAGGAAAAUAAAAGGAGCUACUGUAUGUCCAAACAUGUUGAAAUGUCUAAAUGCUGAUCAAGUUGUGAAGAAAAACCGAGCCUGACAGUCACGCCUCUGUGACGCAGACUGAGUGUAAGGUUUGGAAGUGAAAUUCAUCAGCCAGUGUAAAAGGCAAAAUGGGCUGAAUUGCGUGGUUAUACAUGAUACUUGUGAUGUUUGCCUACACGUCACACUUCAUUUGCUUCCAAAUCACCAGAACAGAGUGUAAAAUCACACACCAGGAUUGGCUAAAACUGAUCCACUGCUGCUGUGAAAGCAGGGUUGUGCUGUGGCGAUACUAAGACUUUAAAUGGAAACCUGAAAAAACUGAAUUUCUAAGGUUCGCACAUCAUAUAUGUAAGAUGCAGAACUGUCAGCUGACUUUGGAUCCCUACUUCUGUUGUCAAGUUGCUUCCUUAAGUGUUUUCCAAAGUAGCGCAAAAAGAAUGUUUGUCUGUGUAGUCAUGGCAACUGAUACUCUGUUGAGUAAUCAGCUGUUUUACAAACAUUUGUCAAAGCCAAUUUUUUCUCUUUAGUCAGAAAGAAAAAACUUCAUAGCGUAUCACACAACCACAUCGAGCAUGUGGGUGGAGCCUGACACAGACUCAUGGGCGUGUUGACCUAUGGGUAUAAUGUCCAUGUAGUGAAUUAAACAUGUUAAUUAUGAAUAUGUAAUAAAAAAAACAAAAAAUUCUUACGGGCUGGACUUAAAGCUCCUGUAAGGAACUUUCAAUUCUGUCUGUCAAUUUUGGCGCCCCCUAUGGACAGAGCAGUCUUUGCAUAGGUAGUUUUUUCCAACAAAAACCUCAUCCCACUGACAUUUGAUGGUCAAAUAAAUUAUUUAUUGUGAAAUGUUAAAACAGGUCUGUCUCUUUAGGUACUUGGCUUGUAGUGACCUCUCUCACCAGUUUUAGACAUUAAAAAUCAUUUACGUUUUGUCAUUUACGUUUUUUAUUUGUCUUAAUAUAUCAUUGCAAGGCAUCAAUAUGAUUUUUUAAGUGUAUUUCUUUGAUGCCAAAAAACUCCUUACAGGAGCUUUAAAUGAGUUGCUCUUAAGGCCACUUUUUAUUCUGGAGCGUCUUUUCGGGCUGUGAAGAAAUAGAAAAAGAUGAACUGGUUUGUAAAAGUUUUGUUUUUAAGGGUUUUUGUUGGUCCUCGUCUCCACUCCUAAUGUUUGACAUCCUUCGACCCCUUUUUGUUUAUAAUCCCAGGAACAAAAGUUUUGGCAUGCUCCCACUUUAGUUCAUUUCCCAGCACUUUGAACCCACUUGACCCUUUCAUGUCUCUCUGCUCCUCUUGGCCUGACACCCUCUCCACCCGCCACCUGCCCUGUACUUGUGACCUCUCAACACUCAGGACUGGAAGCAGCUUUGCCCGGGGACCGAGGCCAGCUGUGGGGGAAGGGGAACAGGAUGGUGAAGAUGGCAGUGUGGGGGCUGUCUGCCACGCUCGGGGCGGCCGUGUUUGCCGUGGCUCAGACGGCUCUGGACUGGGGACCUGACGUGUUACUCCAACUGUUCUGACCUGGUGGUGGGAAUUCAGACUGUUAGACGGGCACAUAUCCUGACACACUGCGACAGCAGAUGGAUGGAUUACCCAGAAAAAAAAGAAUACAAAGACUAACAAAGACUUGAAGUAACUCGCUGAAGUCUCUCCUGCUGGGAGGAAAGCAGGAGGAGGUCGGUUAUCUCAAUGCCAAACAGGUUGUUGCUCCUCAACCAGAGUGAACAUAUGUUAACUACCAGUCAGCCUCAGGAUGUGUGUGCAUGUGUGUGAGUGUGUGCAUGUGUUUUGUAUGUUUGCGAGCGAAUAUCAAAGACCUCAUUUUACAUUAACCGGUAUCCAGACAGGCUAAAUAUUGUUUGAAAAACGCUGACUCUGAGAAAUCAAAAAGAAAAGUCUUUGCAGAGGUGCAAAGUUGCCUAAAAAUUAUAGAUUAUAAAAACAGAAACAAAGAAAGACGGACAAACCACGAAAAAGCAUAGUUGUUGACCAAGAGAUACACAAUUACAUCGACAUAAUCACCAAAAGCUACUUCACUACCAACAAUUACCAAAGUGUUGCGCUCGGAAAACUUCAAAACUAUUGCAAAACAAUUCCCAUCAUAUGCACUUUUUUUCACCACUGGUGUAACAUUUUGCACGUCUUCUUUUGUUUCCUGCUGGUGGAUUAUUUCGCUGAUAUCACACUUUUAUUCCGCGCUGCUUGUUUCGGUUUUAUUUUGUUGACGACGUGUAAGUACAUUUGUUAGUUCAGCAGCCAUGUCUGAGAGCCUGAAGUGCCCAUAGCCAGUGAGAUGACAUGAAAACAAAUUAUUUAAGAGUGGUGUGUUUUCUGCUAAGGGGUUCCAGUGGUGAGGAAUCGGAGAGGAAAGGGGAAGAUUUUCACUGCGAGACUUUCGUAUUAAUGCUUUACUCCAGGUGUCAGGGAGCUAUAUUUACAGUGGAGUUUGACACAUUCAACAAACUGUUGCUGCUCUGAAAUGUGAACAAAACACAUCAUGAAGGACUCAAUGCAGGCAGAAUUUUUUUUACAGAUACACAAGCCUUUACUGUCUUUUAUUUUCAACCUUUAGGAGCAGUUUCUGAAUGUUGCGGCCCACCUCUGCUGUAUGAAUUUUGGGGAAGAUGCUCACACGCUUAGAUUUUUGAAAUAUUUAGUAGGUUUGUGCCAACAUCCACUGAGAACGCUCUCAAACAAAACUACAGCCCGCACACUCAGCUUUUCCCCCACAUCUGUUUUUUCUUCGGCAUUUUAUACCGUUGAGUAACUUAGAAGAAGAAUUCCUGGGCUACACUUUAGAAACAUUUAGACAGAUAGUUGAAACUCACACCACAGGGAAGAAAAAGUUUGUUUUUUAUUGUUCUAUUAACAUUAGAAGAAGGUACUAGCAUCUUCUCGCACAUCGCCAUAUAAACUAAGCUUACCUCUAUAACCUGAGAAGUAAAUAUUAAUAAUAGAGGCUGUUUUCACCUGAGGCACAUGCAUAUGUAUUGAGCAGAGAGGUGCUCCAAACGGUGAUGCAUGCUCUAGUUGUUGACUCAUAUUCUGAAACAUUUAUCAGCCUGUAGCAGCGUUGCUAAGCUGCUGCAUCUGUAAACACAACUCCACUGAAGUCGCUACACUCCUCUGCCUGUCCUCCUCUGUCACAAACCUGUUCAGCUUAAUGUGAAGUUCAGCCUGUUGAUUUGACAUCCUUUGUAGCAUAUGAGUUCAAGUGGUUUUCUCUUUGUUGUGUACGACGGAGGAGUAAAGAACAAAUUUUACAAAGCCAGAAAAAUCACAUUUUAAGCCUCAGGGUGAAUUUUAAGAAUUGCAGAAGUAAGUAUUUAUUAAAGAAGUAAAUCAAUCUGUCAUCCAGUGAAGUGGCUGGUUUGAGACACUUCUCACAUGUCAAUAACUGUGACAUUGAUAGGUGAUAACUAGACACUUUAUUAGACAGUCAAUAAAUCAAUCUAUAGCCUGAAGCUCAGGUGAUCUGCCGGGCCUCUGGUCAGUGAACAUUCAGGCAUCCAGUAAGUCAGCUAAGUUGAAAAGACUUUGCGUUAUUAAUCUUACUUUUGUUAGUGUUUGUAAUGUGUGUGUGUGUGUGUGUGAGAGAGAGAGAGAAAGAAGGAAAUGUCGAAAGGGUCAGUUUCUAUUUCUGGGCAUUUUCUAUGUUUGAUGACAUUUUUAGGUUUUCGGUGCUCUUAAAGCCUCAGUAUAUAAAAACUCAUCACUAUGGUUAUUUAUUUAAAGUCAACAAUCUGAUUGGCUAUUUAUUAAACCGGUAAACAUGUGUUUGAAUGUGUAUUUAACAUGAUCAUCAACAGCAUUCAGGUUUUUCUGCACAUGAAUGUCUUCAUGAAUCUAACAAGAAGUUACAGGAGUAGUUCGACUUUGUUACGCUUCUUCUUUGCACCAAGUUGGACAGAACAUGCAAACCUCUCUUUUCUAUUUGUGGUCAUAGUCCAUAUGCCUUUUAGCUUAGCUCAGCUUUGCUCUUUAAAGUAGGAGAAGGUGAAGUUGUUUGCCUGGCUCUAACAAAAACACCUGGAAUGUUAAAUACUUUAGAUGUUGCUAAUUUUAAAAAAAUAUAAUUCACAAAAACUCAAACAUUCAAACAAUAAUUAUUGUUUUUAUGACUUUUUCUUCUCAGCAUGGCACAGGAACCAGUAGUACAGAUUUCUGGAGGAUACUUUGGUAUACGGGAUCGACUGCCUUGUUUAACUCUCUGUAAAUAAGCAGAUUUACAAGCAUAUAAAGAGUUGAACUAUCCCUUUAAAUACUUGACUCAUGUGCUGGCUCAGUUUUAAGAUACAAAUUAUAAAAAUCAACAAAAAAAUGCAAAGGGAACAUUUGCCACCAUAUGGUGCACGGCUGGCACUGAUGCGCAUCCUGCUGUUAUUGCAUAACAGCUCAUUCAGCGGUGAAGUCAAUUCUGUUAACAUGGGCUUUAAUUUGACACUGAUUGUAUGUGUUGGUGCAUUUUAUGUUUUCAAAAGUGUUUUAUUAGUGGACAAACAACAAAAGAAAUAUUUAUUGCUUAUACUUGAUUGGCUGCCGAGGACAUAAAUAUGCAGAGAGGAAGCUUUUGAAAAUGGUUUGUGAUCUUCAAAGUCAGAUUUUGCUGUUACAUUUUUGUGCCAUGUAGAUUUAAACACACACACAUACACACACACACACACUCACUCACUCUCUUUAAUACAGGACGAGAGUGUUGGAGGUUGGUGCCAGAUCAUAAUGAGGAUUUAAUUUCUGCCCCUGGCUCUUGGCAUGCUAAAGACAGUUUCUCCUUGUCUCCUUUUCUUUUUUUUUUUCUCACAUUCACACUCAAACACCUACAACAACACCUGUACUGGUCUCAAUCUGGCACAGGCCUUUGAUGAAAAAUUAUUAAAGCUUGAUGGUUAGUUUAAAUUGAACCAACCUGGAUGAUAAAAUGAGAAGGUGGAUGCUUAAGAUGUCUACCUUCUGUCCAAACUCGAAGAAAACAAGAAUAAAAAGAUGAAUAAUUUCAUGUUAAUGAUGUGCAAUGGUUUAUGGUACUUAAAGUGUAUUAGAUUUAAUCGAUACUAUUGUUUUGUUUUACUUGACAUCAACCUACAUUUGCAAAGACUUAAAAGCUAUUUUGUACUCCACCUACUUUCCACCCUGUUUAAUCAGUUUGCCAAAUAAAUGAAGGAAAUGCCACAGAUGAUUCACUCCAGAAGAGUUUAGAUAAUUUGUCUAAAUAUGAUCAGACGUAAUGUUAAUUAUGAAACAAGUGACGUAUCUUUGGAAAAACACCAAAUUACUCUUGUUAAAAAGGCUUAAAAAAGAAAUAAAAAGAGAAAAACAGAAAAAUGUUUUAUUAGUAGUGGAUUUUUCAAUUAUUUUAGCACAUAUCUAAUGUAGCAGCCACUCGUUGAGUUUAAUUGAAUUACCAGAGGAACAAACCCUCCCAAAAACAAAUUUUCUUUACAUCAAAUAACUCAUAUUUCAUACCAAAUUAUGAGCUCAGUGUUGUGUGAUGAGGAGCCCGCAGCUGAACUCCCAGCGAGCUCGCAUUGAGCCUCUCAUGACCGCGCUGCCCUCCCCUCAGGUCUGAGAAUAUCCCAAAAGACAUGCUUACACCAAAUGCUUUUACAGAUAGUAAAGUCGGCUCUUGAUGUGUGCGUAUCCCUCGUAUCGUGGUUAAUGAAUAUUUAGUACAAACUGUAUCCGUGAACAUAUCAGGCUCUUUGCACCUUUUUCUUGUAAAGCAGUUGUGUUGAAGUAAAACAAUAAACGAUGAAGAGGGUCCUCAUCA